CCACAUCUGACGUGGCUGCCGAGGGGUCUACCCGGUUGAAGAAAAAUUUCCUCUGGCCUGAGUUGCUCCAUUCAAUGGAAAAACCCGCCUCCUGCAGUAAGGUUUACCUGUAGACAAAGUGCCAGUGCCGCUGCUCGCCCUGUUUGGGAUUGAAACACCUGAACGGUUCAGUUAGCUGCUGACUUCUGAUCGGUCAUGGAGACUCAUGGAAACUCGAACAAGAAGCAGAAGCGGAGCAACACCAUUGAGAACUGGGGGAUGCAACGUGCAACUAAUGUCACCUACCAAGCUCACCAUGUGAGCCGAAACAAGCGGGGGCAGGUUGUGGGAACGCGUGGAGGCUUCAGAGGUUGCACCGUUUGGCUGACCGGUCUGUCUGGUGCGGGGAAGACCACGGUCAGCAUGGCGCUGGAGGAAUACCUCGUCUGUCACGGUAUCCCCUGCUACACUCUGGAUGGGGACAACAUCCGCCAGGGGCUGAACAAAAACCUGGGUUUCAGCCCCGAGGACCGCGAGGAGAACAUCAGGCGCAUUGCUGAGGUGGCGCGGCUUUUUGCAGAUGCAGGUCUGGUUUGCAUCGCAAGCUUUAUUUCCCCCUACAGCAGGGAUCGCCUGAAUGCCAGGAAGAUCCAUGAAGCUGCCGGGUUACCGUUCUUUGAGGUUUUUGUGGACGCGCCGCUGGACGUCUGUGAGCAGAGGGACGUUAAGGGGCUGUACAAGAAGGCCAGAGCAGGAGAGAUAAGAGGUUUCACCGGCAUCGACUCCGAGUACGAGAAGCCUGAAGCUCCAGAGCUGGUGCUGAAGACUGACUCGUGCAACGUGAACGAGUGCAUUCAGCAGCUGGUGGACCUGCUUCAGGAGCGGGACAUCGUUCCUGUUGAUGCCUCCUACGAAGUGAAAGAGCUCUAUGUCCAGGAGAAUAAACUGGACCUGGCCAAGGCCGACGCAGAGACUCUUCCUGCAGUUCAGAUCGGAAAGCUGGACAUGCAGUGGGUGCAGGUGCUGGCUGAAGGCUGGGCCACACCUCUGAAUGGCUUUAUGAGAGAGAGGGAGUUUCUGCAGUGUCUUCACUUCGACUGUCUGCUGGAUGGGGGUGUGAUCAACCUCUCGGUGCCCAUAGUGCUGCCGGUGUCAACUGCAGAUAAGGAGCGUCUGGAUGGCGUGACCGCGGUGGCGCUGGUCUACGAAGGCAGGCGCGUGGCCAUCCUUCGUAACCCGGAGUUCUUUGUCCACAGAAAGGAAGAGCGUUGUGCUCGGCAGUGGGGCACCACCUGCAAAGACCACCCAUACAUCAAGAUGGUGAUGGAAAGUGGUGACUGGCUGGUUGGUGGAGACCUGCAGGUCCUGGACAGGAUCUACUGGAAUGACGGUCUGGACCAGUACCGACUGACGCCCAAUGAGCUGAAACAGAAGUUUAAAGAAAUGAACGCAGACGCGGUGUUCGCCUUUCAGCUCCGUAACCCGGUCCAUAACGGCCACGCCCUCCUGAUGCAGGACACCCACAAGCGACUCAUCGAGAGAGGCUACCGCCGGCCCGUCCUGCUGCUCCAUCCGCUGGGCGGCUGGACCAAAGACGACGACGUCCCGCUGCCGUGGAGGAUGAAGCAGCACGCCGCCGUGCUAGAAGAACGCGUGCUGGAUCCAGACUCCACCAUCGUUGCCAUUUUUCCAUCUCCCAUGAUGUAUGCAGGACCAACUGAGGUGCAGUGGCAUUGUCGAGCACGCAUGGUGGCCGGGGCCAAUUUCUACAUCGUGGGUCGAGAUCCUGCAGGCAUGCCCCACCCUGCCACAGGGAAGGACCUGUACGAGCCGACUCAUGGAGCCAAGGUCCUGACUAUGGCUCCAGGCCUGGUCUCCCUGGAGAUCGUUCCCUUCAAGGUUGCUGCCUACAACAAAGCCAAAGGAGCCAUGGACUUUUACGAGCCAAAGAAUCAUCAGGACUACGAUUUCAUCUCUGGCACCCGCAUGCGGAGGAUGGCUCGAGAGGGAGAGAACCCCCCCGACGGCUUCAUGGCCCAGAAGGCUUGGGAUGUUCUGAAGGAGUACUACCAGUCCCUGGAGAAGGCCUAACUGGGGAAGGGGGGGCUUUGACCCGAGAAAACAGUUCUGUGCUGUCUAAAAUGAGGAACGUGGGGACCACUCAGUUUUAUGAUAAACCUCACGCCAUCUUUUAUUCGUCUCACUUCUAAUCAUGAAAGUCGCUCUUAGUGCUGUUACAUUUGUUUUUAGCUGUGUGAAGUGAAUUUAACUGUACUCACCCUGUUACUGUCGCAGACGUCUUUCCAGAGGAACUUUUUAUAAGUAUAUUUGAGUCUUUCUCACUUCUUUUCCACUUGUAUGUUCUGAUAAACACAUACUAAAGCAGAUUCUCUGUAAAUCCACCAAUCACAACAGCCUAAAAUGUUCUGCUCUGUGCGUACUGUUGAUCAGUACCUCGAUAUGUUUGUGCAUUUAGUAAAGUCUGAAGAGAAAAAAGCAGAUGAACCGGCUGCGCCUCACAUUUUGCUCACUGGAAUAAUUUCUUUUUUCCUACUGCAUGCUUGCAGGAGGCUGCAGCGGUUACACUGUUAUGCACGGUUGUUACAAGUAAAAGUCGAGUGCCUUGGUCUACUCACAUGCUUUUUGACUAAACGGUUGUGUUGUAACACUGAAAUGAAUCAUGGAAUUAAAAAAAGAAAGCGGAUAAAUGUAAACCUUCCUGUUUUAAGCUUUUAGAGCCACUCAGUAUUUUCUUUUAGAUGUAUUUAUUCUGCUAACAUGUCUCCUUUUAACUUUUUUUUUAAUGCUGUUUCUUUCCUACCUCCUGUUGAUAACAUUUUCCUUGUGGUAAAUGACUAUUUUUAAACAAAUUCACUGUUGCAUUACAUGGUUAGAUCAGAUUUCUCUUCACUGUCCAAUAAACCACU